AAUGUUAUGUUCUUAUAAAAAAUUGUAAAAUUUGUAUAUUUGUGUAGGUUUUUUGAUAAAUAGAGCUAAUAUACUAUGCCGUAAAAUAUUUCAAGUUAUUCUUCACGAAAUUGUCAGAAACAUGGUGGAAGAAACGAAUGCAAACUCCAACAAGCCGAAGACGCGGGCCACUCGUCCCAAAGCUGUGUAUCUAUGGACCGAAGCGGAUGUGCAGAAAUGGUUGAGCAGACACUGCAGUGACUAUUAUAAUAUGUAUUGGCAAAGGUUUCAUGAGCAUGACAUAACUGGCAGAGCAUUAAUCCGAAUCAACGAUACCACACUCCUCCGAAUGGGCAUCACCAACAAGGAGCACCGAGAUGCCAUCUGGCGGGAGAUCCUCAAACUCCGACUCAAGACCGACAUAGUGGACAUCAUUGACUUGGCUCGCCACUCCUACUUCGACUAUGACAUGUGACAAAGAAGAUUGUGGGUCGACUUGGCCUACAUUAUAGCAUUCUUUAUACUCAUACAAUGCUAUGGACAAAUAUUUCUACAUAAUUGAAAAUACUAGGUACGAUAUUGUAUUUGGUAUGUUAUUUCUACACUAUUGUAUGGCCAAAUAUUUUAAUCUGAAUACAAAGAUAAGUGAUAUGUUUGA